AAAUUGAAAUGAGAGCCGAGGAAACAGCAAGCUGGCGUUUUACCGUUACAUCGAGAGGUGGAAUAAUCGUGUGUUGUGUUGCCCUUUCAAUCAUCUUCAUCCCCAUAUAUAAGGCAUCUCAUCUCCCAACUCGAAGCCAUUAUUCCGUCCGCCCAAGGACCGACCGCUAACGGCGGCGUCGCCACCUCAAACGUUGCCGGAUCCGCCGGACGUUAGGUGCAGAUCAGCCUCUAUCGCUCUCCAACGCUCUUGCUCAAAUUCUAGGGUUUCUAUUCCUCCAUCGGAGAGUUGUAAGAUGGGGUAUAUAGGGUCUCAUGGCGUUGCCGCACUGCAUAGAUACAAGUACAGCGGAGUGGAUCAUUCCUAUGUUGCCAAAUAUGUUUUACAGCCCUUUUGGACUCGCUUCGUCAAUUUCUUCCCACUUUGGAUGCCACCCAACAUGAUUACACUUACAGGAUUCAUGUUCUUGGUCACAUCUGCACUGCUUGGCUAUAUAUAUUCACCUCGCUUGGAUUCACCUCCACCAAGAUGGGUUCAUUUUAUGCACGGGCUACUUCUGUUCUUGUAUCAGACUUUUGAUGCUGUUGACGGGAAGCAGGCAAGGCGAACAAGUUCCUCUAGUCCUUUGGGAGAGCUUUUUGAUCAUGGUUGUGAUGCACUUGCAUGUGCGUUUGAGUCUUUGGCAUUUGGGAGCACCGCCAUGUGUGGAAGAAGUAGUUUCUGGUUCUGGGUGAUUUCUGCUGUUCCAUUUUAUGGUGCUACAUGGGAACAUUUUUUCACCAACACCCUCAUUCUUCCAGCAAUAAAUGGACCAACGGAGGGUCUCAUGCUGAUAUAUUUCUGUCAUUUCUUUACAGCUAUUGUUGGUGCCCAGUGGUGGGCUCAAAACUUUGGAAAGUCUAUGCCCUUUCUGAGUUGGGUUCCAUUUUUAAAUGAAAUCCCAACAUACAGAGUUGUGUUGUUUCUAAUGAUAACUUUUGCUGUAAUACCGACAGUCUCAUUUAAUGUGUACAAUGUUUAUAAGGUUGUUCAAGCCAGGAAAGGAAACAUGAUAUUGGCUUUGGCAAUGCUUUACCCAUUUAUCGUGCUAUUGGGAGGAGUCCUAGCGUGGGAUUAUUUGUCUCCCAAUGAUCUCAUUGGUAACUAUCCACAUUUGGUUAUAAUGGGAACUGGACUUGCAUUUGGGUUCCUUGUGGGACGAAUGAUUUUGGCUCACUUGUGUGACGAACCCAAGGGCUUAAAAACUAAUAUGUGCAUGUCUCUUCUUUACCUUCCCUUUGCUAUUGCAAAUGCUCUCACAGCUAGACUGAAUGAUGGAAUUCCAUUAGUUGAUGAGUACUGGGUUCUUCUUGGUUAUUGCGCAUACACAGUGACACUCUAUCUGCACUUUGCCACGUCAGUGAUUCAUGAAAUAACCACUGCACUUGGCAUAAACUGUUUCAGGAUAACAAGGAAAGAAGCUUGAGACAGUGCCCAAUAUCAUAUUCCAGAAUGGACGCAGCCAGCGCGAGCUCCCUUCCCUGCUCAAGUUGCAACUCUUACUGUGCAGUUGUAAUCUUUACAGGGCAUCAUUUUAGAUCUCUCUCUUAAGCAAAUUUUUGUUGGGAAAGUUAGUUGAUGGCCGGCCUCACUUUUAUGUGGAUGGAUGAACAUAUAUUAUAUUUAUAUAUAUAUAUAUAUAUGAGAGGAAGAGAGAUGACAUGCUAUAGAGCUUGACUAACAUGCAGAAUCUUUCAGUUUUGGAACUUAUACAUCAGCUGAUGAUUCUAGAAAGUUGGAUUUAGCUACAAAUAGGAAAUGUUUUAAGA